AUGUCGCAGUUUUUAAUGGGCAUUCCAAUAUGGGCAUGUUAUGUAUUUGGUGGAUGUUUUCUUUUAAUUAUUAUUGUAUUACUACUAGAUUAUUUACUGAUAAGACGUAAUGCACUUGGCCAUUCAUGCUUGCAGUUCUCAGCAACAUGGCGACAUUAUGGACCAGUUCAACCAAAACGAAGCACUAAUAUUUUAUUAAGUAUAUGA